AAAUAACACACUUUUACCUGUCAAACAAAAUUCUCUUAAAUAGCUGGAUAUGGCGGAAAACGCUAGAUAGUAACCACACCAGCGGUGGCAACCCUGCAACACAAUUACCAUUGAAUUGUUUUUACGGAACUUGACGAGUUUUUAAUAUUUCGACAAUGUUGCGCAAAUUCGGCAAACUGGUGGCUCAGCAGGUGGGCCAGCAAGCACGUUUCACCACAGCCCACCGCACAUUCUCCUCGACAAAAGCGCUGCAAAAAGAUCCUGCGCCCCAGGAGUCCGAGUCGUCACCGCCCAAGAACAUACUGAUGGAGAAGGACAAGAACAUCACCCUGAUCGGCAUCAAUCGACCGCAGCAGCGCAAUGCCAUCGACUCCCUCACAGCCUCGCAACUUUGCGACGCCUUCGCCAACUUCGAGGCGGACGACACUUCGCCAGUAGCCGUGCUCUACGGCGUGGGCGGAUCCUUCUGCUCCGGCUUUGACAUCCUCGAGAUCAGCACCGACGAGAAGGAGGAGAUCAGCGUGGACAUCCUGAUGCGACCGGAGGGCUCCGUGGGUCCCACGCGGCGCCAGAUCAAGAAGCCAGUCGUGUGCGGCAUCAAUGGCUACUGCAUAGCCAACGGCCUGGAGCUGGCCCUCAUGUGCGACCUGCGCGUCAUGGAGGAGUCCGCCGUACUGGGAUUCUUUAAUCGCCGCUUUGGCGUGCCAAUGCUCGAUGCUGGCACUAUUCGCCUGCCGGCCAUGAUUGGCUUGUCCCGUGCUCUAGAUCUGAUACUCACAGGACGUCCGGUGGGCUCCCAGGAGGCCCACGACAUUGGCCUGGUCAACAGGAUUGUCCCCACAGGAACUGCACUGGGCAACGCCCUGGAGCUGGCCACUUGUCUGGCCAAGUUCCCGCAACGCGCUCUUAUCCACGAUCGUAACUCUGUCUACUCGAGCACUUUCGAGACGUCCACGUUCCAUCAGGCGGUGCAGAACGAGGUGAUGUUUACUUCCCGAGAGAUCAUUGAGGACAUGCAGAACGGCAUCAAGUGGUUUAACCAGACCUUUAAGCCGGACACCACGCAUUCGUGGCUCAAGCGGGACCGCUCCAUGGCCGACUGGGACGAUGAGGAAGUGGCCGAGGCUGCUGCCCAGAAGGAAAAACUGAGGCAGGAACAGGAGGCCGCUCUCGCCGAGGCAGAAAAGCAAAAGUCCCAAAAAAAAUCGAAGAAGGCGGAGGAGAAGCCUGCUGAGAGUGCCGAUAGUAAAGAUCCUGAAGAUAAGCCAAAGCAAAAGUAGUGAUGCUUAUCCAAACAAAAUUAACUGUUUCAAGUCAUUUAUUUUAAUUUUGUAAAUAUCACGCUCAUUACCAGUUCCAAACUGAUCCAUUCAACCUUGCUAACUUAUUCAAAUAUAUAACUGUUAUCAGAACAAAUUGUUUAAGGAUGAA